CCUAACACUUUUGUUGCAGUCCAAAACAUCAUUGAUGCAGUUGAAGACAAGUACCGCAAGGAAACCGGACAAAACCCGGCCGAGAACAUCGAGUUCCAAGUCCUCUUCAACGACUUUACCACUAACGAUUUCAACACUCUCUUCCAGUCACUUCCUGCGGGCAGAAGAUACUAUAGUGCUGGUGUUCCUGGUUCCUUCUUCGAACGUGUUCUUCCUAAAGAGAGUUUCCACAUAGGAGUUAUCAAUUACGCAUUCCAUUUCACCUCCAAAAUCCCCAAAGGGAUCACGGACCGCGACUCUCCAUCCUGGAACAGAGACAUGCAUUGCACUGGGUUCAACAAAGCGGUCAAGAAAGCAUAUCUUGAUCAGUACUCAGCCGACGCCAAGAUUCUAUUAGAUGCUAGAGCCGACGAGCUCGUCCCCGGGGGAUUGAUGUUGCUUUUUGGAUCGUGUCUGAGAGACGGAGUUAAGAUGUCCGAGACCUCCAAAGGAAUAGUGUUGGAUGCUGUCGGAGCUUCUCUUAACGACCUUGCUCAACAGGGUGUUAUCGAACAAGACAAGGUGGACUCUUUUAGCACGCCACUCUACUUUGCAGAAGAAAGUGAGUUGAAGCAAAUCAUAGAGGAAAACGGGAGAUUCACAAUA